ACGUAGGCAGCGAUAAAACACAUGUUUUUCAAGGAUGAAAACCUAUGAAAACUAAACAAAUUUUUUUAUUUCUUUUGUUUUUGUUCAUGUUUAGAAUUUGUAGGUUAGUUAGCAGUAAUUUAUUCGGAAAGCUUAUUUAGUAAAAAGAGGGCAAAUUUUUAACAUAAUUUAAUAACAUUCUAUUUUACUGUUGUUUAUUUACUAGUAGGCUACUGUAGCUCUGGCUUCGCUGUCUACACACUUUUCGAUCUUGGUUUAAUUAUUACAAGUGAUAUCAGCAAUGGUGACCACUUCUGAGCCUUCUGCUUCGGUCGAAGGUGAUGGGAAGAAUAUCACAGAAACAGACUUAUCUCCUAUUAAUGCGGAAAUUCUCAUGGAGUGUCAUAAAUUGUACACAUGCCCUGAAAAAGGUCUGAUAGGAAUUGGAAAAGAAUUCAAAUUGAAUUUCCUGGCUCCCCGAAAAAAGGUUAUAAUCUUAUUGAUAGGGAACCAUUCAGCAGGGAAAUCAUCAUUUAUCAAUUGGUACAUCGGAGAACGUUUUCUGAAGACGGGAGUGGCUAUUGAGACUCAAGGCUUCACCCUUGUUACCUCUGGAAAGAAACGAGAAUCUCUAGGUGGAACUGCAACACUGCAUUUAGAUCCUCGCUUCAAAGCUCUAGAAGAUAUCCGAGGUGUAGUUGAUUUCCUGUCAACGGAAAUUUCAACAUCCACGAAAAGAUGUUUCAAUCUAGUGACAUUUGUCGAUACACCUGGUCUAGUGGAUGGAGAAGUGCACUAUCCAUAUGCGAUGGAGGAAGCUGUCAACUGGCUUGGUGGCAUUGCUGACCAGAUAAUAGUUUUCUUUGAUCCUAUUGGUCAAGCACUCUGUCGGAGAACUUUGAAUACCAUUGAGCAACUGAAUCAAAAGCAUGCGGAAAAAAUCCAAUUAUAUCUAUCAAAGGCAGACGAUGCUGGUGAUGAAGCGGAUAGGCAAAAAGUUAUGAUGCAGAUUGUUCAAGAGCUAUGCAAAAGGCCAAGUCUAAAUCGCAAUGGCUUCAGCAUGCCAGCUAUAUACCUUCCAGAUAAAUGCCGGCCUACCGACUGCAAAAAUCAAAUAGAAGUAUUGUGCACAGGGAUUGAAAACCUUGUUACCCGCAAUGUUCAAAUGGCAUUGAAUAACCUGGAAAAAGAUUGCAAGUCAUUGGAAUCCGCCAUAGAAACUGCACUAAAAAAGGACGAUGAAAACAUAUCACACAAUUCUUCUACCAGCAAAAUAGCGGCUGUUAUCACGUUUGUGUUGUAUAUCAUAGCAGCAACCUGCAUUCUCCCCUUUUUCAUGGCUAGAAAAGAUUCCAGAAGCAUUACGACUCUGAUGGAUAGAUGGGGGAAAGAGCCCGACCCACCACAGCCUAGUAUCGUUGGCCCCUUUUUCGUCUCGUUGGUGGUAGCUUACAUCUUCUACUAUAAUUUGAAAGAAAAAUUGGGCCUAAAACCAACUCUGGCUUGGAAGAAACGGAAAUACUACUUGUCCACUCUGCAAUACAUCAAGGAAACUGUUUCAAGCAAGAGUCGCUCUCUGUUCCGAGAAUACCUACAGCAAAGCAUCGAUGACCCUGAUUUGCUUUCGUUCCGGUUGUUGAACUAACUCAUCACAUUUUCGCUAGAAUAUAGACAAAUUUUAUAGAUAAUAAAGGUGUGCCUUCUAACA